AUGGCGGUGCUUGGAUCGCUUUUCCUGCUUUCCAUGCUGGACAUGAAAACGCUGAACUUGACCCGGCUGGAUGGACUGCUGGUGGAACCCACCAGGGAUUUGGCGCAGCUGGAACUUUAUCUGCAAGCGGGUUCAGAUCAUCGGGACGAGGAGAAUCCCUAUGUCCAGUGGUUUCUGCAACGAACGGAAAUUCCGCUGAGCAUCGUAACCUAUCAGGAGAAUCUCUAUUGGAUGGACGAUCCGUUUGGCCGAAGAAAUCUAGUCCUGGUCAUGAGUUUGGAUCAACUUUUGACCAAUCGUGGAGCGGCUGCACCGAUACAGAAAGCUGGUACUUUCUUCUACAUCCUGGCAGAUCAAGACGAGGACCUGUCCGCAGAUGAACAACUCCGUUUGGAGGGCAGCUGCCGACAGUUGUGGACGCAGCACAAAGUCUAUAAUCGGUUUUUCCUAACCAGAGAUGGUGUGUGGAUCUAUGAUCCCUUCAAGCGUCGCGAUUCCGCCUUUGGACGAUUGGUGCGAUAUUACGGCUCGGAGACCCUGGAUAAGCUGCUCUUCCGCGACAUGGCUGGCUAUCCACUGCGCAUCCAGAUGUUUAAGUCCGUCUACACUCGUCCGGAAUUCGAUAAGGAAUCCGGUCUGCUGACCAGAGUCACUGGCGUGGACUUUCUUGUGGCCCAAAUGCUCAGGGAGCGAUUGAAUUUCACCAUGCUACUGCAGCAGCCGGAAGAAAAUUACUUUGGAGAACGCUAUGCGAAUGGGAGCUACAAUGGCGCCAUCGGUUCGAUCAUCAACGAUGGACUGGACAUUUGCCUCACGGGAUUCUUCGUCAAGGAUUACCUGGUGCAGCAGUACAUGGACUUCACUGUGGCCGUGUACGACGAUGAGUUGUGCAUAUAUGUGCCGAAAGCCAGUCGUAUACCGCAAUCGAUAUUGCCCAUAUUUGCAGUUGGCUAUGAUAUUUGGCUGGGCUUCGUGCUGACCGCCUUUGCUUGUGCUCUCAUUUGGCUAACAUUGCGGGUGAUUAAUCUGAAGCUGAGGAUAGUGAGUCUGGGCAAUCAGCAUAUUUUGGAACAGGCAUUGGGCAUUGUGGUGGAUACUUGGGUGGUUUGGGUGCGACUCAACUUGAGUCACCUGCCAGCGAGCUAUGCCGAAAGGAUGUUCAUUGGAACGCUGUGUCUGGUGAGCGUGAUAUUCGGCGCGAUUUUCGAGUCCAGCUUGGCCACGGUGUAUAUACAUCCAUUGUACUAUAGGGAUAUAAAUACCAUGCAGGAGUUGGAUGAAAGCGGCUUGAAGGUGGUCUACAAAUACUCAUCCAUGGCGGAUGAUUUGUUCUUCAGCGAAACAUCGCCAUUAUUCGCGAGUCUCAAUAAUAAACUCACCUGGAAUCGAGAUCUACGUGCGGAUGUCAUCGAUGAGGUGGCCAGAUUUAGGAACCAGUCUGGGGUCUCCAGAUAUACCUCCUUGAUAUUGGAAUCCUCGCAGUUAACGCUGCUCAAUAAAAUUUGGGUGGUUCCCGAGUGCCCCAAGUACUAUACCAUCUCGUAUGUGAUGCCGAGGGAUUCGCCAUGGGAAGAUGCUGUAAAUGCGUUGCUUUUGAGAUUCCUGAAUGCUGGACUGAUUGUCAAAUGGAUCCAGGACGAGAAGUCCUGGGUGGACAUCAAAAUGAGGUCGAGCAUCCUGCAAGCCGAUGCUGAAUCCGAACUUGUGAGGGUCCUAACUAUUGGGGAUCUGCAGUUGGCCUUCUACGUGGUCAUCGGGGGUAAUUUGUUGGCUUUUCUCGGCUUUCUAGCCGAGCAUUUCAGGCGAAAACUGCAAAAGAAAGGGGUAUAG